ACACUAACUUCAGAGCGAAAUGAAAAAUCGUCAAAUUUAAAGACAAAUUUCGCUCAAAUUACAUCAGAAAAAUUCGUAAAAAGGCCUGGAACGUCACGAGAAAUAUUGGAAUUCAUCAAGUCAAGUGAAAAUCUCAUCAGAUUCGUCGUAAUUCAAUAGUUUUCUAAUCACAGCAAAAUCUGUGCUGACGUGGUUCAAAACAAUUGACGAUUUUGUGGAGGAUUAAAGCUCUUCCUGCAAGUAACUGAGCAAAAAUGGCUCUUAUGACAAUGAUUGCCCGCGUGGCAGACGGUCUCCCCUUAGUCGGAACUAUGCAAGAAGAUGAACAAACGGGCAAAAGCGUAUUAGAAUAUCAAAAUCAAGCCAAAUUAUUGUUUCGUAAACUGACGCCACAAUCUCCGAGACGGUGUUCCAUCGAAACAGGGCCUUAUUUGUUUCACUAUAUCAUUGAAAACGACGUUUGUUAUCUCGUGCUGUGUGACAGACAAUUUAGCAAGAAGUUAGCUUACAGUUUCCUCGAGGAAAUUGCACAGGAAUUCGACAAUAACUACGGUCGACGCGUAAAUUCCGUCACACGUCCCUACGCUUUUAUUGAAUUUGACAUUUACAUACAGAAGGCACGCAAGGGCCUCACCGAUCGUCGAAGGAAUAUCAAUUCCAUUAACUCACAGUUGCAAGAUGUGCAAAGAAUUAUGGUCCAAAACAUCGAUGACGUUCUCGCGAGAGGCGCCGUCCUAUCAGAGCUCGACACAAAAACGCAAAAUUUGUCAAUGUUGUCGGCGAAAUACAAGAAAGACGCGACAUAUUUAAACAGAAAGUCAAUGUACGUAAAAGCAGCAGCUGCUUCGAUAAUUUUGCUCGUGUUUGUGUUCUACUUUUGGGUUCUCUAACCGUUAAAUGAGGAACUGAGGGCAUUGCUUAUCUUCGUUGUUCUUGUUAUCUUUUUCGAUAUACUACUGAUGUCGGCAUUGAAGAAAUUUCGUGCGUAAAAGGAAAGGCUGGAAGGGGUUUAUUAUUUAUUUUCGAGAGCGCUCGCUUAAAAAAUUGCCGAAAAAUUUACGUUAUAUAUUUAAAUUUAUAAAAAAAAAAAAUAAAAUGAUUCCAGUUUCAU